AUGGCGAAUCCUCAAAAGAGCAAAUGUUUGAGGGAUCAGCAAAUCGACGAGAUCGUCACAAUGCUCAAUCUCAACACCAAACCCGAGCCUUCGACCUCGACAAAUUUGGAUAGUCUUACGAUACCCACCGCAAAUCCUGAUCCGAUCUGGAAGGUGUUAAUAUUCGACGAAUUCGGUCGAGAUAUAAUCUCCUCUGUCCUCAAAGUUGCCGACCUGCGGGAGAACGGUGUGACCGUACACAUGUUAUUAAAGAGUGAGAGACAACCUAUCGCAGAUGUUCCAGCAAUUUAUUUCGUGGAGCCGACAUCCGAAAACAUUCAAAGGAUCAGUGAGGAUCUGGCUAAAAGUCUUUAUGAAUCAUCUUACAUAAACUUCUUGACAUCCAUCACGAGGCCCUUGUUAGAGGAGCUUGCAGCAUCUACAAUACCGAACAACACAUCAAACAUGAUUGCGCAGGUCUAUGACCAAUAUUUGAACUUUAUUGUCACUGAACCGAAUCUAUUUUCACUGAACCAAUCAAACAUGUAUUGCUCUUUGAACGACCCCACCGCUGCAGAAACUGCUAUCGAGCAGGUUAUUGAUCGAACGGUCAGUUCCUUAUUUUCAGUGUUAGUAACCAUGGGCGUGAUACCAAUCAUUCGGUGUCCCCGAAGAAAUGCGGCUGAGAUGAUUGCACAAAAAUUGGAUAGUCGAUUACGCGAUCAUGUGCUAAAUUCACGGAAUAAUCUUUUUUCUGAUGCCUCCACGUCCUUGAAUUUUCAGAGGCCAGUCCUGCUGAUACUUGACAGAAAUGUUGAUCUGAUACCGAUGUUGAGUCAUUCUUGGACUUACCAAGCCUUGAUACAUGACGUCUUAGACAUGCAUUUGAAUAGAAUCUCGAUUGAGACCGAAGAAAUGGGACCUAGGGUUAAGAAAAGUUAUGAUUUAGAUAGCAAAGACUUUUUUUGGGCUAAAAAUGCGGCGAGCCCGUUUCCCCAGGUAGCCGAGGACAUAGAUGUGGAAUUGAAUCGAUAUAAAUCGGAUGCUGCUGAAAUCACGAAACUUAGUGGUGUCAGUUCUCUGGAUGAUGUCGAUCAAUCGGAUUUUUCCCAGAAUACUCAACACUUGAAAUCAGCCAUAACCGCUUUACCGGAGCUUACGGCACGUAAACAAACACUCGACAUGCAUAUGAACAUAGCCACUUCUUUAUUACAAGGAAUUAAGGAACGUCAGUUAGAUACUUUUUUUCAGAUGGAAGAAUCCAUAACUAGGCAAAGUCGGUCCGCGGUGUUGGAUGCAAUCCGAGAUCCCGAAAAAAAUGCACCUGAAGAUAAACUUCGCUUCUUUAUUAUCUAUUAUCUUUCAGUGGACGAGGUCACAAAGGAAGACAUGGCAGAAUACGAAGACGCUUUGCGCUCCGCUGGAUGUGACUUGGCCGCGUUGAAUUACGUCAAAAAGGUGCGUGAAAUCACCAAAAUGACAACGAUGUCUGCGCCUGUAUCUCAGAGUUCGGGAUUCGGUCAGUCCAGUCAACUCUUCCAAGGAUUUAGUUCUAUCGGAAAUAAGGCAUGCUUGACAGAUCGACUAAAGGAGGGAGGCCUUGGUGGUGGUUUCGAAAACUUGAUUUCAGGUGUAAAGAAUUUACUUCCCACACGCAAAGACUUGACCGUUACAAAAAUUGUUGAAUCGAUCAUGGAACCAGCUACCAGUAGCAUGAGUGAAACUGAUGAUUAUCUUUACUUUGACCCAAAGACAGCUCGAAAUUCUAGCGUCAACAAACAAUCUAGAAAUAGAAUUAGCUUUCAGGAAGCAAUUGUAUUUGUGGUUGGUGGUGGGAAUUACAUUGAAUAUCAAAAUCUGCAAGAAUUUGCGCAGCGCCAACCGGAGAAAAAGAAAAUUACUUAUGGCUCUACCCAAAUACUAAACCCACAUGCUUUUCUACAAGAACUAGCAAAACUUGGGUGA